AUGGCGAUUUCUAAGUUCCACCAACUCUUUCUCCUCUCACUACUCAGUCUCUCCCUUCAUCGUCCGGUUCUUUCCAACCAAGAGGAAGAAAGUCUUCUUCAAGGCAUCAACGACUACAGAACAUCUCUAAAACUAACAACACUCACAGAAAACGAAAACGCAGCAUGUCUCGCUGAAGAAAUCGCAGAGCUGAUAAAGCACCAACCAUGCACUAACACCUCUGGCCCUGCUUCGGUCCCUGGAUCCCAAACUGGUUUCCCAGGCUUCCUUGAAUUGCUCAACAACUGCGAAAUCAGCGUAACGUCAACAAGAGACGGUGAGAUCAUGCCAGCUUGUGCUCCUGACCUUGAUGCGAGUCUUCUCUUGUCUAGUUUCACAAAGACACGGUACAACAAGAACCUGAAUGAUUCUAAGUUCACUGGCAUUGGUGUUGCUUCUGAUAAUGAUUGGAUUGUGGUUAUCCUCACUACAAGUACACCUGAGGGUGGAUAUACUCCGGCUCCUGAGGAAGGAGAGGUUCCAGAUACUGACUCUGGAUUCACAUUUGGAGUUAACGGUGUCGUGUCUUCGUGUUUGUUGGUUCUUCUCUUUGCUUUCUUCAUGUUUUAA